GGCUGCUGCCGACGCCCAACCUCUUUCAGCUACCUCAGCAGAGCGCCGGCGGCCUCCUGGCCGCACAGCCCCGCGCGGGGCUGCCCGUGCUGCUGCUGCUGCCGCUGGCGGUGCUGGUGGUGACGGCGCCGCCGCCGCAGGCAGCGCCGCGGCCGGGGCUGCCCGAGUGCCCCGGGGCGCCCCCCAAGUGCGUGGAGGCGGCGCCGGGCGAGGAGCCCAGCGACCUGGAGGAGCUCGAGCAGUUCGCCCGCACCUUCAAGCAGCGCCGCAUCAAGCUGGGCUUCACCCAGGGCGACGUGGGGCUGGCCAUGGGGAAGCUCUACGGCAACGACUUCAGCCAGACGACCAUCUCGCGCUUCGAGGCGCUCAACCUCAGCUUCAAGAACAUGUGCAAGCUGAAGCCGCUGCUGGAGAAGUGGCUCAACGACGCCGAGACCAUGUCGGUGGACUCCAGCCUGCCCAGCCCCAACCAGCUGAGCAGCCCCGGGCUGGGCUUCGAGGGGCUGCCCGGGCGGCGCCGCAAGAAGAGGACCAGCAUCGAGACCAACGUGCGCUUCGCCCUGGAGAAGAGUUUCCUGGCGAACCAGAAACCUACCUCAGAGGAGAUCCUGCUCAUCGCCGAGCAGCUCAACAUGGAGAAGGAGGUGAUCCGCGUGUGGUUCUGCAACCGGCGCCAGAAGGAGAAGCGCAUCAACCCCUGCGGCGGCGGCGGGGCCGCGCCGGCCAAGGCGCCCGCCUACGGCGCCCACGCGGUGGGUCCCGCGGCGCCCCGACCCUCGGGGCCGCUCGUGGUCGGCUGCAGCGCGGUGCUGGGGGUGAGCGCGGCGCUCAGCCCGGCCCUCAUGGCCACCCACCCGCUGGCCACCAUCCAAGGUCGGUGA